GUUGGCCAAUCAGAGACGAUCUCUUUUAUGCGGUCGGCCAAUCAGAUGACUCAUUACAUUCCCCAACAUUCAAAAUAGAUGCGCAGAUCGAGUUGCGCAAUAGUUGACCCAGAAAAUGUUGCAAAUGGCGGCGUUGUGGCAACUCAGGGAAGAUGUACACCUCCGUGGGAGGAGCUCGCCUCUACUUCCGAUAGUUACCGUCCAGGACUGAAGCAGAACUCCUCGCCAUGUACUACGGUACACUUGUACCGCAAAAAAUGGCACCUAUCGGGACUUGAUUCGUGAAAGUUCAGACCAGAACGCAAGCCGUUUUGACCGGCUGUCACUCGUUUACGCUCGUGACGGGCUCCCUUCACUCCAACCCGGCCGCUGUUUCUCUGUUUACUUUGACGUUUCUGAUAGAUAACGACGACAUUUGAGGACUCUUCUUCCACGUAGACCUACAGAACUGUUCACGACACCACCAUGUCUUCGUACCGUUCAAAUUUCAGGACUGUGGACAGCCAGAUAGCCGGACUAUACGAUCUGCAGGAAACGCUCGGCCGGGGCCACUUCGCGGUGGUUAAGCUCGCCCGGCAUGUCUUCACCGGCGAGAAAGUCGCUGUCAAAGUCAUCGAUAAGACCAAAAUCGACGAGGUUUCCCGGGCACACUUGUUCCAGGAGGUCCGCUGCAUGAAGCUUGUACAACACCCUAACGUCGUACGACUGUAUGAGGUGAUCGACACUCAAACCAAACUGUACCUGAUUCUAGAGUUAGGGGACGGAGGCGACAUGUACGACUACAUCAUGAAACACGACAACGGCCUUGACGAAGAGCAGGCCAAGCUGUACUUCUCUCAGAUCCUCAGCGCCAUCUCCUACUGCCACCGCCGACACGUCGUGCACAGGGACCUCAAGCCCGAGAACGUGGUGUUCUUCCAGAAGCAGGGCCUGGUGAAGGUGACAGACUUCGGCUUCAGUAACUGUUUCCGACCGGGGGAGAUGUUGGACACCUCCUGCGGGUCCCUGGCCUACUCCGCCCCCGAGAUCCUUCUAGGAGACGCCUACGAUGCACCUGCCGUCGACGUAUGGAGCCUGGGUGUUAUCUUGUACAUGCUCGUCUGCGGGGAGGCGCCGUUUAACGAGGCCAACGACAGCGAGACUCUCACAAUGAUCAUGGACUGCAAAUACACUGUGCGCGCUCACGUCUCCGAAGAGUGUAAAAACCUGAUAGCCAGGAUGCUGAUUCGCGACCCCGCGAGGCGCGCCACCCUGGAGCAGAUUGAGAACCACCCCUGGCUGCAGAACGGGAACCUGCCCCCCUUCAUGGUCCCCCCCAUGAUCCAUCGUAAGGACAUCCCCGAGGAGGACAGCAGACAGAUCAUGCAGAGUAUGGCCAGCGGCAAGAUCGCAGAGCUAGAUGCUAUCAAAGAGUCUGUGGCUCAUGACAAGUACGACCACAUCACCGCCACCUACUACCUGCUGGCGGAGCGAAAGCUGCGCCGAAACCUGGUGCCAGACCAUCCCCGCGUCAGCUUGGUGCGGCAGAACUCGGCCCCCAGCGACAAUCCCAGAAAACCUUUCAUCGUGGCCAAGAGACCUAUGAAUGCUGAUCCCGAGGACAGCGAUCACGUGGCCAAGUCCGCCAUGGUUCCCGGACGCCAGUCUCCCAGCCGCAGCCGUUCCCCGUCUCCGUCAAGCAGUGCCACAAGAAUAGCCAGUGAAGCCAUCAACAUCCCCAGCCGGCACAAACCGCCUCUCCAGGGGCGCGACCACCUGACCAUCUCCCCUCGCAGGGGGCGCAGCGUGGUGUUAGAAGGGGUGGAAGUCUUACAAGAGGAGGAGGAGGAACAUAACCUACGGUUCUCCGACAUCAACAGUGACGAUGAUGAUUACGAUGACGAUGACGAGAGCAGCAAGCACAGCGGUAGUAACGAUUCCGAGGAGGAUUUCCGAAGGCAUCUUGAAAAAAUGUCAGGGGGCAGUUCGCUGGCAGCAGGAGUGAGGAUGAGAAAGGUACCGUUGAAUCGACGUAUACAGAACAGACGUAGCACGCCCUUGACUCUGAACGAGAUACACGAGGAAGGCGAGGAGAUCGAGUCGGACGAUGACUCCGUGCACCGGACAUCUCCGAGAAUUUUGCGUAACCGCAUGUCCAUAGCGACGCCGGAGUCUCUGAGAAAAAAGUUUUCCUCCUUACAACACCGUAAGACCCUGCGAAAUAAAGCUUCGAACUGUAGUAGCACUGAUACAAGCGACGAUGACACGGACUCUCGCUUAAGACGGGACAGCGGUGGCAGCCUGUCGCAACAUUGGCGACGAAGAGACAGUGACGAUGACCCACGUGGAGGAGGCGGCGGGAGCGGUGGUACAGGUCCCAGCCAAAACAACAACGGCGAAGGUUUCAACGGUGCCAACGGCACCAGUAGUAACGGAUGGAACAACCAAAACUAUGGUUCAUCCAACGGUGGGGGUACGGAUCCCAACUGUAACAGUACGGGUCUCAACAAUGCCAACAAUCUCCGUUCCAGUAACAUUAGCAUUGCCAGCAACAAGAGCCAGCACAGAAAGAACAGUAAUGAGCUACGGGACAGCCUGAAAAACAGUAACCUUAGCAUCAGUAGCCACAGUUCAUCCAAUAGUAAAUAUGCCAUAGACCCAAGUAACCACACUCCCAGCGAGUCCGACACCCAGAGUGUGGACAGCCAAAAGGUGCAGUGGUCCAAGCCAGACGUCUUAGACACACAAAACAACUUCACCAACAUCGUGGACACUUCCGACAUGGUACUUACGGAGAACGAGAUCAAUGCGAAGAUGAACCGCAGCGUGGUGUUGACCGCUGCUCGACCGGGGGUAUUGAACAGUGUCCGUACUACGGCCAUGAAGCGAGCAAUAUCACGGAGCAAGCUGGACCGCUCGGUGAUGGUGAGAAAUGACCCCAAGGCCAGCCAUCUUCACAGUAGUUGUUGCCGUUUAGUGUAACUGCAAUGAUUGCUUUGGUUUAAGCACAAAGAUGUGGUUCUAAAGCCAUUACACUUCCCUACCAUUAUGAUUGUUAUAACUGCUAUUUGUUGUACAUUGUUGUAGUAUGCACCACGGAAUAUUUUUAUUCAAAUAGGUACUGCUUAAGAUUGUAUAGCUUUAAGAAACAGGAAUAUACUUCGCAAUAGCUUCCAAGUUUCAAGAUUGUCAUAAAAGGUCUGAACAACUUUAUCGACACAUCACACGAGUGCCAGUAAAAGUAAUGUGGUAUGUAACAAUGCCGUAGUGUUUGAAAUGAAGUAAGCGUGAAAGACUAGAUAUGUAUAUAGGAAUAUAAGACAAGGUUCACAAAACAAAUGCAUAGCAGCACCAUGGUUCAGCUCUAACAUACAUGUACAUGUAUUGGGAAUAAAGCUAUUACAGAUAGCUGCAGUCAAUAAAACAAGCUCUUUGUGUACUAUGGAGGAAUACUUCAGCUUUUCAUGUUGCCAAAAACAUUGCACAAAAAAGGGAAGGCUAAUUUUUUAAUUGUACCUGGAUAGCUACAUACUAUAUGGACCUGAGUUUAAUCAUAACCCUACCAGCACAUUACACAUAUCAGAACAUCUAUUGUUAAUGAGUCAGGUUGCAGAAGGUUUAAAAUUGGCAAUAUACAAAUAAUAUAUUAGUAGCACUACCUAGUCCAUCAAUGACAGCUGUAUAUAAACCCAGUACUGAACAUCUUUGUCUUGAAUAAUAGGUUGGUUACACCUCUGCCAUCACACUAUUGAUAGUGAUCCCAAACACAUAGUUACAUGUAUAAACCUAUGUACAGUUACAUUGUACUUAUACUAUAUACUGAUGUUAGUACAUAGUCUUUGCAAGAACUCCACUUUCUUCACACAAAGGAUGUAAAUAUAAGCGAGUGGAGUGAAGACUUGUAUCCGUGCCAACAUCAUCACUAAUGUGUAAGUGAUGUACAGUCACAAAGAAAGACGCAGCUGUGCUGAAGUGAUGUAAAUAACCUGUGUUACUCAGUAGUCUACACUGUGUAGAUACUGUCCCUCUUGUGUUGUGUAGCAUUGAAUUUGAUAGCGAUGUAAACCAGUCUGCCAUCUGGUAGGAUAGUGACUCUAGUACAGUGUAUAGAUAUACAUGUAGCGGUAAAUUGACCUGUAUCAUAUGCUGAAUAUACAAAAUGUAUGUUGUAAAUGUUUUAAUUAAGAGCAGGAUCGUUCUAAAAAAAAGUUUCUACUAAAGGAAAAUCAGGGAUGGUAUAUCAAAACAAAUUGUUAAAUAGGGACCCUUGAAGUCUUGUGUUGGUUUCAUCGCUAAUUUUACUGUCAUUUUUUUUAAAAUAGGGACGGAAGCUAUCAUAACGAAACUAAUAGAAAUUGUAUCUUUUGGAGUCGGGAGAGUUUUGGACCUGUCUCUACAUGGUAGAGAUGCAAAAUUUUCAACCUGUAGUACAACUUAGAUAUUCAAGCCAGUGUAUCACUAAUAGAUGUCAAAACUUUAUGUAGACAUCUAUUUACUUAAAACACAGUACUGCAAUGAAUGCCUUUGACUACCUCUGUUAUAGUCUUACUUAGGAAGCUAGGUAUUCAUGUGUCUACGUUUCAUAUUUGGAAGUAUCUAAAUUUGGUUUUACCUUUAAAAAUGCAGUUUCGGUAAUAACAAGGGUAAUGUCACUGAUGUACGUGUCUACCUCAAAGUUAACAAAAACAAGCACACAUUUAGAGCUCGAAACUGGGGAAAUAGCCACCUUGCUGUACAGGAAAGUCGGGAGGUAUUUUAGAUUGAAACUUGCCAAAUGUUGAGUGUUGUGGAGUUGUAACCUGAUGUGUGCAAUUUGAUGUGGUUGUACAGGGUGCAGAGCAGUGAAGUUGUAUACAUGUACAUGAAUUCUCGUGCCUGUGGUGUUAGAUACUGCUGUGUGUCAGAUGAAACUUGGAAGUAUAAUUUUGCAAAAUAGCCUCAAAUUACUAGUAUAUUGUCACAGAGGUAUCAAUGUUGCACAAUUGUACUUUUUUGGUGUGUAACGGUUAUAAACAUAAUAUUAACUUUCUUAAUAAUUCAUAGAACCGAAACAUUUCAUCCUUGAUAAAAUUAAUUAUUUAGUCCAGCAAAAUGAACUCAUUUGACAGGAUAUGUUUAUUCUUUUAAAUCACAAAAAGAUAUUCACAUUUUGUCUGGAAAGUUCAUAAAGGCACUUGUUUCUCAAAGAAAGCAAAAUUCAAACUCUGAGUUUUUACUGGUAGUGUUGAGAUUGUUUUUAAAUCACAGACAAGCUUCUGACAAUGUAUUGUUAUUAUAGCUGGUAAUGUUAGGUAUUUGCAGCUGUAUUGGUGGUACAAUGACCCAGUUUCAGCUAUAAGCUUGCUGUGUGUACUGUUUAUAGCAGCCACGUAAAUGACAUGUUUGUGCCAUGUAACUAUUGUUAGUGUAAAGACCGAGCCGUUGUCUGUAAAGUUUUUCACUGUGUUUCCACAAGUAUGACUGCUGCAUUUGUACAUAAUGCCCCACAUAUGCUUGCAUUGUUGUAUGUUUGCAUCGCAUAUAUUUUGGAUACAUAUCUUUGUACAGUCUGUAUAGGAAUCAUUGACGUGUAUCGGUAUGAUAUAUUGUACAGUGAGAUAUUGUGUACUGCACUAUCAGACAAUUGACAUGUCUGUGAAUAUAUGAUGCAAAUGUGCUGUGUCAGAAA